AUGCAACCUAUUCCCCACCGAAUCCAUCAUCCUCCCCAUUCCGGCUUCACAGCCGCCCAACGCGCCCUUUCCAUACCAGAACUCGUCUCGCAAAUUCUGAGCUGGGACGCAGCAGGUUUCAAAGACUAUUACUGGGUCUACGGCCAAAUCUUCCCAAGAACCAGUUUUGCUCGCUACGCCCGAGUCAACAAACUAUGGUUCCAUGAAGCAAUGCGAUAUCUAUGGUGGACUCCACAGCCUCGCUUCAAACUUGAACUCCUUGAAAAAACCACUCCUUUCCGAAGACAAUUCUACGCAGAUUUUAUGGUGAAUGUUUACUUUUAUAAUGACCCCAAGCUCAGUGCUAGCGAGAAUAGAAUCUUUAAGGGGUUGAUUCUUCCGCGGUUGCGCUUUGCGAAGAUACUUGUUCGUACUGGACAGCGACUUCUCUCUUUACCUGAGAUUGUGGGCUGUGCGCUUCAGGAUCUUACUAUUGAUAUCGUGGCUAUGAAGAAUGGCAGGAGUGGAGCUCUUUCGGAUAAUAGGAUGCAGGAAAGAUUGGCGAAGCGGUUGAUGAAGAUGUUUCCUAACCUAGAGAAGAUUACUCUGAACGAACUGUUGACUGGACAUGUCAGCCCGGGAGAUCUCGCGAGAUUUCAAGCAAAUUUCAGUCAUGUCCGGGUCGUGCUUCAAGUUGCAAACGGCCAGCAGUGA